AACUGCGGAGGAAGGGAGGCCGCGGUGGGAGGCCAGGCCCAUCCGGCGCCAUUUCCAACGGGAGCGCGCCCGAAGGCCCUGAGCCUCCCCCCACCCAAGUGCCCAGCCUUUCCCAGCUCGCUUCCUUCCCCACCCACAUCCCUUCCGAGGCGCUCUAACCACCGCCCCCCUCCCCGGCCUCCUAAAUCAGUUUUCGGAAGCUAAGGGGCAAGAAGCAGAAAGAGAGGAGAAGGGCGGGAAGCCCAGGUGGCCGCGCCACCGUACCCAAAAUGGCGGAAGCCAAACCAGCAGGGAAAAGACGGGAAAUGCGUGAUGAGCCCCACUUUGGGCCUCGGCUUCGUCCACUAAAUCCCCCCUGACAACAAGAAGGAGAGCAGGCUAUCAGAAAUUUUGAGAACUUGCAGAAAGUGCUUACAAGGAAAAUGAAGCUCCCUAUUUUCAUAGCAGAUGCAUUCACAGCAAAAGCAUUUCGUGGGAAUCCUGCUGCUGUUUGCCUCCUAGAAAAUAAAUUGGAUGAAGACAUGCAUCAAAAAGUUGCAAGGGAAAUGAACCUCUCUGAAACUGCUUUUAUCCGAAAAUUACACCCAACUGACAACUUUACACAGACUUCCUGCUUUGGACUAAGGUGGUUCACGCCAGUGAGUGAGGUUCCUCUCUGUGGCCACGCUACCCUGGCUUCUGCAGCUGUGCUGUUUCACAAAAUAAAAAACGUGAAUAGCACUCUAACCUUUGUCACUCUGAGUGGGGAACUAAAGGCCAGAAGAGCAGAGGAUGGUAUCAUCCUGGACCUGCCUCUUUAUCCAGCCCAACCCCAGGACUUCCCUGAAGUGGAGGACUUGAUAAAGACAGCCAUAGGUGACACACUGGUUCAGGACGUCCGCUAUUCUCCAGAUACCCAGAAGCUUCUUGUCCGGCUCAGUGAUAUUUACGACAGGUCAUUUCUGGAGAACCUGAGAGUGAACACACAGAAUCUGCUGCAAGUGGACAACACAGGGAAGGUGAAAGGACUCAUUCUCACCCUCAAGGGGGAGCCUGGUGGGCAGACUCCAGCAUUUGACUUUUACUCCAGAUAUUUCGCUCCGUGGGUUGGUGUGGCUGAAGACCCCGUAACAGGGUCUGCGCAUACUGUUCUCAGCAGCUACUGGUCCCAGCAACUGGGGAAGAAAGACAUGCAUGCCUUUCAGUGUUCCAGCCGGGGAGGAGAACUGAAGAUUUCACUGCGUCCUGAUGGACGAGUGGACAUCAAGGGAGGCGCUGCUCUGGUUUUAGAGGGCACGCUGACAGCCUAGAGGUGGUUGUGCUGUGAUAUUGCUAUCUUAAAUUACUAAGUAUUUUCUGCAUAAAAAGAAACGUAAGGGGCUGCCUUAAGCAAGCUUGCAUGGUAGUCUAGUUAAUCCACAUUACAAAGAGAAUGAUGAAGACAUGUUAAUGGAGAUUUAAUAAUGCUUCCUGAAUGAUUAACUAAUGGAGUUUGGCUCUACCUGUGAGUGUAUUUGAAAUGUAAGUACCCAGUAACCAAGAAUAAUAUUGUACCCAGUACCCAAGAAUAAUAUCGUCACCUUUGCUUAUGAUCACCCCUCCUGGAAUGAGGAACAAAUAUAUGAGGAACAAGAUCAAACCAUUUAAGCUUAGGUGUGAAUACUUGAUAGACUAUUUUGCAGCCAUUAAAAAGGUCCCUUAGGACUGGUGGCCUAGUGGGUUAAAGACCCAGCAUUGUCUCUGCUGUGACUUGAUUCACUGCUGUGGCAUGAGUUCGAUCCCUGGCCUGGCAACUUCCACAUGCCUUGGGCGUGUCCAAAAAAGAAAAACAUCCCAAAACUAUGGAAAUAUAGAAAAAUAUUUCAUGGUAUAAUACCAAGAAAGAAAACUACGGUAGACUAUUAAAUGUUAGCAACGUUAUGCUGUGUCUGUGGAGGAUAUGAAUUUCUAUGGGCGAGGAUGGAACAUGAAGAUACAAAAGUGAAAAGAGUUCAUGCGUAUCUGGGGGGUAAGAUUGGAAGUAAUUUUAAGGUAUUUAAAAAAUCAUUUCCUUUACUGGAAACACACUCAUGUUUAAUAAAUAAAAAUCAAGAUGUAACUAAAUAAAUAAAAAGCCGAGAAAUUGAAAAACUAUAUGUGUAUUAGAGUAGUAGUAAAGCUAAAUAUGGAAAGUAA